AUGUUUGCAAAAAAUACUCCAAUAAAUUUACUGAAUCCUUCUGUGCCCGAAAUAUCCAAUCCACCUCCACCUGAGACGUUUGAUCCCCGAAAUACUGAGUCCUUCUGUGCCCAGUCCACUGACGGUUGGUUCCCCGAAAUGCCGAAUCCAAUCCACCUGAGACGGUUGAGUAGAUCGGAUGGGCCGGGACUUCAGCAGAUGAAAGUGCCCUGGAAUUUGACAACCUCGAUAGGGCAAAGAGUAGAGGAUCUCGAAAAUGAAAUGCCAGGCGCGAUAUACCUACCAGUAGAUAAAAAACGCCGUGAAGAUCUUUUAGAUGCAGCACCAGCAAGAAGAACACACGAUCUGAAUUUGAUGCAGUUAGAAUCCAAGUUAAAAAAAUUAGGAACAAACAAAUCUGUUAUAAUUGAUUACAAUUUUCGAAAACAAGGGUGGAACCCUUCUAGUAGGAAAGCUAGAGGAUAUGGUGCACCUUCUCGUAUUUUUAUUGCAUCAGUGCCAUUUGAAGUGGCGAUUGGAGACAAUAAUAACUGGAGCAAAUGGGUGAAGACAGACACUCUUAAAAUUUGGCAACGGAAUCCUGGUGACCAUAUAAAUAGCUCCCUUGUUGGAUGUGAUGUAUUGGACCAAUUUUUCUUUGCGCGCCAGCCAAACCAAAGAUAUCAGUUCCUAAGAGCUACAUAUGAAGUUUCUUUAAAUUAA